UUAAAAAGAAGGAAAAGACAGGCCAUCCACGAUGAGCACCGCGUUGGCCCAGCAGCUGCAGAAAUUGGCGGCGCCGCAGUCGUCGGUCACGUUGGCGGACGCCCGGAGUCGCGCCUCGGUGCUCUUCGAUCCCAAGGAGGCGGCCAAGAAGGACAGGCGCUCCAUCUACGAGAUCGGGAUAACGGGACUGCAGGAGCUGACCGACUUCAAUCCGGCCUUCAAGGAGUUCCAGCUGACGCUGUUCGACGAGGCCACCCUGACGCUGGAGCGAUCGGUGGAGCUGCCGGAGGUGAACAAGAUGCUGGACGCGGCCAUCGGGAAGUUCCUGCGCCUGUUGUCGCCCUACCUCCUGCUGCGCCCCGCCCACAUGGCCUUCGAGUGGCUGCUGCGCCGUUUCCAGGUGCACGAGUACAAUCGUAGCGAGGUGAUGGCCCUGAUCCUGCCCUACCACGAGACCAAGAUCUUCGUGAUGAUCCUGAAGACCAUGAGACUCCGCUCGUCCGAUGGCGACUGGUACUGGCUGCGUCCGCUGCAGCGUCCCGGCGUCGCGCUGGCCAAGACGGCCAUUGUCAACCGGGCCGCCGGGAAUCCCGCCUUCCUGGGCUUCAUCUGCCAGAGCACCCAGAAGGCGGUCAAGGAACUGGGUCCGCGGGCCCACCAGCUGCAAGCCCAGAUCAACUUCUAUGCCACCGUCGUUGUGGGCGCCCUGCAAACGGCGAAGCCGCUGCAGGAUUGGCACAUCACCACCAUUCUGGAGUCGCUGCUCCGUGGGCUGGUGUCCGAUAAUAUUGACUUUAUGGCCGCAGCCUAUGUGAUUGUCGCCCAGCUGGUUUCCCGCACCAAGCUGAAGAGCGAAGUGUGCAAUGCUUUGUUGCAACGCGUGGCGAAUUGCCCCUUCGAGAGACUCCACACGGAGUCACUGCUCCUGCUCGUCUGCAUCUAUGGCAAACAGCAGGCUGCUGUGCCGCACUUUAAGCCAGAGACCGCCAUGAAUCUCGUGGGCCAAAAGUGGCUCAUCUCGACUCUGGCCUCGCUGGCCAAAAGCAACAUUGCCAUCCAGUCCAUCUGCAUGCCGCUCGUGACGGGAGCCGUGACCGCCAUUCGGGAGGAGGACCCCGCCUCCAACUCGUGCAAACUGUUCUUGGAUAACCUUUUGUCGGAUGUGCCAAUGGCUACGCCGACUGCCCAGCAACUGAUCAAUUGCUUUCUGGAUACCUUUGUGGAGACGGAGAGCGAUGUGCCAGAGCCCAUGGACACCUCCGCAAACGAAGAUGAGGAUACCAUCGUAAUUGAUUCGGAUGAUGAGGCGGAGACGGAAAAGACCAGCUUUCAGACCUGGUAUUCCGAUUACCUGGAAAAGCUGGAAAAACGUUAUCCUGAAGCUUUUGACCUGAGUGUCAAAGAGGCUCUGAGGGCCAAAUCCAAUACAAGCAAUCGCCAAAAGGCCCUUAAGUUGGCCCUAGGUUUCCGACUCAAUACCACAGAUGACAAAGCGAAGCAUGCCUAUGAGAAGCUCUAUCACUACAGCGCUGACUGGCGACUGGCUGCUGUGCAGCAACUGCUCCAGAACCUCACGGUGUCUAAGAAACGGGAGCGAAGCGUUAAGCUGCUCCAAGAAUGUCUGCCCGACAGGAUCAACGAUGACAGUGGCGCUGUGGUGUCCAGUGUGCUCUCACUCACCACCGCUGAGCUCUGCGACAUGUUGGGUCCACUUCCGCUGGCCCAAACCCUGUGUCGUCUGCUAUACCGAGGUCAGUCCGAAAAGGAUGAGGAGUGGCAGGUUGUGGUUCCGCUGGCCGUUCGUCACUUGACCUCCGCAACUGUAAGCGAAUAUUAUGACAAGAAUCUGGUGCUAUUGGCGCUGAUGCCGCUCCUCUUUCCCGGAGAAGCUCUGGCGGAGCAUGAGCACAAGGCUCUGCUUAUUCUGCUCAGCAGUGAUUUUGCCAGUAAAGUUCCCUUCCUGGCAGCGCUGAAAGUGAGCAGUGAAUUUAUUGACUUUAAUCCUCACGAGCAUCGUCAACACUUCUUGGAUGUAAUAGCGAGCAACAGUCAGGAGCUGAUUAGUCAGGAAAGAGAGCUGCUGCAGAGCGUAGAGAAUCAUGGAGGUGAAGGCUACAUUCAGGAAGCCUCUCAGCUGACCCAUCUGCUGCUGCUGCUGACUGCCUACGCCAAAAGGGAACUGCAGCCGCAGGAAAGCCUUCACAUACUGCAGAAAAUUGAACUAUACAGUCGGAACAUCGAGUUCCGCGUGGCCAAGGGUAAUCGCAACACGCAGAGCUUUGCCCCUCUUCAAUUGUAUGUGGAUUUCCUUUUGACUCUGGUGAAGAACACCAAAUGGACAACUCUGGCUUCGACGCCUUGGAAUCAGUUGUCAGAUGAACUUCGUCUUUGCCUGCGGCUGCUGGAGAUCAUAAGCUGUCAAGUCUUCUCGGAACGGGUUGAUCAGCCAGAGCGUCAAGAGUGGACUCGAGCACUGCAGCAAAGUCUCCAACUGAUUCUGCCCGAGGCACAGGAUAAACUGGAUUUUCUGUCCAACUUCUAUGUCUUCGAGCGACUGCCGGAAUUGUGGCCUCGCGACUCAGAUUAUGCUGUGUUCCGCCUGCAGGGUUUCUUGCUCAUGGAGGCUGUUCUGUCCAAUCCAAAGUCCCAACUGAACUGCAACCUGGUUCAUGUGUUGCGCGUGGCCAACGCCUGCGGAUCGCCUCUACAAACGCUGCGAGUGCAGGCCAUCAACACCCUGCAGUUGAUUAGCAAUCGCAAACUUGUCUCCCACGUAGAGCAAUUUGUGCGAUCGUUGCUGCAGCGCAAGAGCGAGCUGAGCAUGGACCACGAACAAUAUGCCCUGAUUCUGUACACCAUUCUGGAACCGGAGAAGGCCACUGCCAAGGAGAAACUAGUGCUGUCCAAGCUGAGAAGAUCGGUUUUAGCUUUGGCCUGCGACCCCGAGCAGCCGCCCAUUUGCACAGCAGCUCUGCUGGCGGCCCUGAAGCACGUAAACGAAGAGCAUUUCCUGUCCGAAUUACUGCCGCUGGGACUGGACUCUCUAAAAAAAAUAACUACGGGCGUAGACAAUCAGCACUUGAAGCAGCUCCCAUGGCCACAUAACGAAAUCUACAAGUCGGUGAUGGAGAAGUUCGAGGGACGCGUAGCACUGAAUGUUUUGCUUCGAAAGGAUCUGGCUUGGAAGCUCUUCGAGGAGAGUUUCGCCCACCACGACACGUACGUUCAGCUGGACCAGAAGCUCCAGCCUCUUCCCUGUGUCCUGCUGAAUAGCCUCACUCCGGAGACCUUUGAGCAGCUGCAGGCCAAGCACAAAGUGGCGCUGAUCAAGCUGAUUGUGGAGGCGGCCACCAAUUCGGACAACGAUAGCAUUUUCCUGGCCAGCCAUCGAUUGCUGAAGCGCUGCCGCUUGGAGUGCCAGCCCAUUGUGCCGAUGCUAGUGGACAUGUCGAGGGCGCAACUGCAGCAACCCAAGAAUACCACGAAGCGACGAGCGGCCCCCAGCCAACUGGACAUAACCAGCCCAUUGUGGAAACAGGGAAUGACGCUGCUGGAGCUUUUGGAGCACAAGAAGCAAUUGGUUGGAGCUGAGUUAUUGAUUCCUCGGCUCUUCGAACUUCUUGCCUCCUGUUUAAUACUGGAAGACCACAGUGCCAUCGAGUAUCCCAAGCAACUGAUCCUCUCGAGCUUGCUGCACUGCUGCCAAACGGCCCAGUCAGCCGGCGUGGAGAUUGUUAAGGCCGUGCCUGAGUCUAGCUUCCGCAUCGAUGUGGUGGUGCAAGCUUUGAGGGAUACACGCAACCCACAGACUCAGCAGCACGCCCUGCUUUUCCUGACCCACUGUGCCGGCAUGUAUCCGCAACAGGUGCUGGACAAGAUCGUCGAGAUCUUUACGUUCGUGGGCUCCAGGGUGGCGAGUCACGACGACGCCUUUAGCCUGCAGAUAGUUCACAACGUGGUCGAGUCUAUUAUACCCAUCCUGCUGCUGAAUACUGGACACAGACAGCUGGUUAUUCCUGUGCUCAAAGUGUUUGCUGAUAUGUGCACCGAUGUGCCGGCCCAUCGAAGAUUGCCUUUGUAUGCCACCCUGUUUCGCGUCCUGGAACCCAAGGAGCAUCUCUGGCAGUUCCUGUGCAUUGUGUUCGAGAAGCAAGUCCGACUGGAGGAGGCCAAGAAGAAAAACGUUUCCACCGACAAGUCGCGACUGGACUUUGCCCGCGAAGUAACGCUGAUGUUCGAGGAUCCGACGGUCGCCUUGCAGACGUGCAUCCAGCUGCUGGAAUACAUGGCCAAGUUGCCGGCCAAGAAGAUUGACGGCAAGGAGGGCACCGGCUCCUCCCUUUCAUCCACGGAAGCCGAGUUCUUUGAUGUGCGGACGCGAACGUUUAAGGAGCUUCGUCACUACAAGUACCUCAUCAUGGAUUUCCUGUCCGGAAUUAGCAGCUGCAACGAGUGGAAGGAAAAGAUGAAAGUUCCCGAUCCCCGCACACUACUGCCCCACUAUCAGGGCUUCAUCCUUAAGACGCUCGCCUUUGUGGGCGUGGUCAAUUCUGCUUUGGAAUCGGGCAGCGAAACACCUUAUUUGGAUAAAUUCUGGCGGGUGCUAGGCAACCAUGCCCACGACGUUUUGGAUAACGCCAUCGGGCUACUGGCACCGGAACACUUCCUCAGCGUAAUCACCGAGCUACUGCAGCACGAUCAUGUGUAUGUGCGCAUCAAGGUUUUGGAUUUGUUGGUGACAAAGUUGGGAGCCACUAGCGAUUACUUUGCGGGAUCGGCCGCCGAACACUUUGGGGUGCUUUUUGCGCCAUUGCAGGACAUAAUCAACGUCAUCUUGGAAAGCGGAUCCAAGAGUGCGCAGCAGGCAAAGUUGCAACAGACGGCGCUGCAUGCACUGCAGCUCUUGGCUUUGCGACAUGGACGCGACUUUAUCGAAGAGUGCCGCUCCCUGCUGGCCAUCCUGACCAAGAUCACCAAACGGCGGGCAAAUGUGCCCAAGGCAGUAGUGGGCAAUGUGGUGUUGACCCUCGUCGAGAUUUGUGCAAGUCUCAAGGCUCACGCUUUAGCCCAGUUGCCCAAGUUUGCGCCCCAGCUCACGGAGUUGCUAAAGGAACAGGUUCACCAGAUGGCCACGCUCAAACAGGCACCGGACUACGUCUGCUUCACCCUGGUUCAAGCUCUUCACAAGCUGUUCAAGGCCUUGCCGCUUUUCCUGGGCCCCUACUUGGUGGACAUCAUUGCCGCCUUGGCGCGCCUCUCAGUGCAACUAGACAAUCCACUGCUGCUGCAGGAUAAACGCACCCAGGCGCUGAAGCAGCGACUUGCGGACGUUUGGACAGCGGUCGCCCAGGGCGUGGAGGUGCGCAUUCUGGUUCCCAGUUGCGCCAAGUCGUUCUCCAGUCUAUUGGAGCAGCAGGCAUAUGACGAGUUGGGCCAACUGAUGCAGCAGCUCCUCCUCCAAAGCAUCCGACACAAUACAGCGGCUAAAUUGCAGCCGGUUCAGGAUCCUCUGAGCGAGUUGUUCCUGCAAGCGCUAGAUUUCCGGCUGCAGGUACGCGGACGCAAUUUGCAGCGGCAGGUGGUUUCGGAUGUGGAGGCCGCCGUUGCUGAGACCUUUGUGACGUGGAUCUUAAAGCUUUCCGAGACGAGCUUCCGACCCAUGUACGCCCGUGUCCACAAGUGGGCGCUGGAGAGCAGCUCCAGGGAAACGCGUCUCACCUACUUCCUGCUGACCAACCGUAUCGCCGAGGCUCUGAAGUCCCUUUUCGUGCUGUUUGCCAGUGAAUUUGUCGAAGACGCCUCGAAGUUGCUGACGGAGCUUAACUCUAUUCGCCCGGAGUUCGAUGCUGGAGAGCCGGAAGAUGAUGUCGAGCUGUUGACGGCCAUCCUAAACACCCUGCAUCACGUUUUCUUGUACUGCAGCGAGGACUUUAUCAACGAGCAUCGAUUUAACGCUCUCAUGCCGCCGUUGGUCAAUCAGUUGGAGAACGAUUUGGUACUGGGCAAUGACCCACUGCAGCAAGUUCUUAGCAACAGCAUUGCCCAGCUGGCGGUGGCCACCAACGAUGUGAUGUGGAAGCAGCUCAACAGUCAGGUACUCCUGAAGACCCGCACACCGACGCCCGAAGUGCGGAUCUUGGCUUUCAACAGCUGCGUUGCCAUCGCCCGAAAGCUGGGAGAAAGUUACGCCCCCCUCUUGCCAGAGACGGUUCCCUUUAUCGCCGAACUGCUGGAGGACGAGCAUCAGCGCGUGGAGAAGAAUACACGCAGCGCGGUUCAGGAGCUGGAAACCAUUCUGGGCGAGCCGGUGCAAAAAUAUCUUUAAGUUUGGAAACGGAAGUGUUUUCUUUAACUGUUAACUAUGUAUGUUUUUCUUUGUAAUUAAAAAGAAAUUAUUUUUGAAACAUA